AUGAGUAGACCCCCAAAACCUACUCUUGUAUCAAUCAAGAAAACAACAGAUGAAAAGGAUAUAAAUAUAGGGAUGACUCACGUAUUUACAGAUUGUCAAUUUUCAAUGGCGGGCCAUAAAAAAUUACUAGUUAUAAUGAAAAGUUUAUUUGAUAGAUCAAUUGAAAUAAAUAAAUUAGAUUAUUUCUCUUUGAGGUUUUGUCAACUACUAAAUCAUUCAUUAAAAAUUAAAAAAGGAGAGCAUAAUGGUGAUAGAAUUUGUAAGUUUAUUGCUCAUUUUAUUAAAUUAUUAUCAGAUGAAGUUACAAGAAUUGAAUCGAAAGAAGAAGAUAAAGAAGAAACAACAAUCACGGAGGAAAUUGACGAUACAACCAAAGUAGAAGCAAAUUCUGGAUUCUCAUUAUACUUGAUUAAUCAUUUAUUACGAGGAAUAGAUGCAUCAAAUAAAAUAGUAAGAUAUCGAGUUGUCCAAUUGUUAGCAAUGGUUAUAAAAUAUAUGGGUGAUAUAGAUGUCAAUGUUUUCAAACUUUUAAUUAUGUCGUUAUCAAAACGUUUACAUGAUAGAGAAUUACACAUAAGAAUGCAAGCUAUAAUUGCAUUAUCAAAUUUUCAACAUUAUGAUAUAGAGUUUGAAGAAGAUGAGAAUGAAGAUUCACAAAAUAAAAUUACGAACCACACCAUAAGUGAAUGGAUGAUGACUUGUUUACAAUUAGAUGAUAGUGCAGAAGUUAGAAGAACUGCUAUGUUGAACUCCGUCAAAAGUAAAUACACCAUCAAUUUACUAUUAGAAAGAGUCAAGGAUAUGAAUAGUAUUAAUCGAAGACUUGUCUAUUCAAAAGUCAUUCCAGAAUUGGGGAGUAUGGGAAAUUUAAGAAACAAACAAAAAGAAAUUUUGCUACAAUAUGGAUUAAAUGAUAGAGAUUUAAAUGUCUCGAAUGCUGCCACCAAACUUCUAUGUGAAGUAUGGUUUGAAUCAUGUAAUGAAGAUAUCAAACUAUUUUUAGAACAAUUAAAUGUAACUAAAAGUAAUAUUGCUGAAAAGUCAAUGCUACUAUUGUUUAAAACAAAACCUGAAUUACCAAAAACCAUUGAAAUAAAUUCUAAAUUCUGGAAAUCAUUAACUGUUGAAAGUUCAUUUUUAAUGAGAACUUUUUUCACACAUUGUAACAGCAAUAGAUUAUAUGACCUAAUUGAAUCUAAUUUCCCAGAUCCCUUGGAGUUAUCUGAUACUUUACAAAAAUAUUUACAAAUGCAGAAAAAAAUUAAAAUUAAUCAAAAAGAUCUUCAUGAGAUGUAUGAAAAAUAUACAAAAGAAGUUAAUGAAAUCGAAAAUGAAUUAUUUGUUUGUGAAAAUACAUUGACAAAUAUAAAUUUAAAAUUACACGGAACACAAAAGAAAUUACAAGUAAUAGAACAUACAGAAGGUAAAAAGACAUCUCAACAAAAAGCCGAUAAAAAGCGUCUCAAAGCUGAAAUAAAAACAUUACAACAAGAAUUUAGAGAAAAUGAAGAAAUUUUCAAAAAAUGUCAUCAACGUAAAGCAGUUAAAUUAAAUGGAUCAACAGCAGAUCGUGAAAAAUAUGAAGAAUAUUCAGAAACGAUGAAAGAUUUAAAUUUUAUUGCAAACCAACUUUUAAUUAUUUGCAUUGAUUUCGAUUUUAGUGAUGAAGUUGGUCGUAGAGCAAUGCUUAAUGUUAUAAGAUCUCAAUUACGAGAAGAAAAUUUUCAAGAUGAAAUUAUAGUUAAUGCUUUGAAAGUAUUGAAAAAAAUUUCAAUUAAUGAAAAAGAUUUUGUUUCAAUGACUGUUGAAAUAAUUACAGAUAUUAGAGAUAUGAAUGAAGAUGGUGAAAAUAUUGCUGAAGAUUCAUUUGCAGAAAAUGAUACAAGACCACCACCAAUAAGACAAGGUGAUCUUGAUAUGGAUGAAAUUGAUGAAGAACUCGAUAAUUUGGAUCUGGAUCUGGAUGAAGACAAUGAUGGAUUAAAUAAACGAAGAAAACUUGAAGAAUCAAUGCCAAAUGAUGAUAUUUUAUUACGUUGUCUUAAACUUACAAAACAUACAUUAGAAUUAAUUGAAGAUGAUUUGAGUCAUUAUUUAUCAUUAAAUUCAUUAUACACUGGUAUUGUUCAAUAUGCAGUAACUAAAACAAAUAAUGCUUCAAUAUUUCUUACUGCUUUGAAUUGUUUGGGAUUAUUUGCUUUGAUUGAAGAAUCAGUAGCAAAAGAAGCAUUAAUUACGUUUUUUAAUGCUAUUAAAACAUCAGCUGAUCAAGUUAAAUUUGUUUCUAUAGUUGGUAUAAUUGAUAUAAUUUCAACAUUUGGUAUAAACAUUAUUGCAGUUGAGAAAAGAUUUGGAUUUUUAAGACUAUUUUAUAAAUUAUUAUUAGAUGAAAGUCCUAAAUUACAAGCAAUUAUGGGUGAAGGUAUUUCUAAAUUAUUUUUAGCAGAUAUUUUUAAAAUUAAAACUAUAAAUGAUAUUAAUCCUCAAGAUUCAAGAAUUGAAGAAGAUGAAGAAGAAGAAGAACCAGAAUCUGAUGAAUCAGAAAAAGAAUUAUUCAUUGCUUUAUUAUUAAGUUAUUUCAAUACAACAAACGCAUCAAAUCAUGAAUUAAAACAAGUUUUAGCAUUUUGUAUACCCGUAUAUUGUUAUUCACAUCCAAAUCAUCAAUUAGGUUUAGCUACAAUAUCGGGAGAUUUAAUAUUAAAAGCUGCUGAAUCAAAUUCAAUCAAACCAACAAAAAUUUUAUCACAAUUAUUAGAUUGGUGUAAUCCAUUAAAUUUAGUUCAAUUAAAAGAAGAAGAUCAAAAACAUCAAAUGUCACAAGUUUGGCAAUCAAUGUAUCUCUUGGAGAUAUUUGAUGCCAAAGAAGUUACGAAAGAAUUUAAAAAAUCAAUAAUCAAUAGUAUCUCCAAAAUUCAUAUCACUAAAGAAAUGGAUAAUGAUAUUUUAAAAAAAUUAUUAGAUUUAAUUAAAAAUGCAUUUCAAGAUUUACAAAAUAAUUCAAAUUAUCAAUUAGAUUCAUUAACUAUGAAAAAUCUACAAAAUUUUUAUGAUUAUGUUUUGUCUUGUAUAACUACUGAGGAUGAAGUAAUUGUUGAGGAAGAAGUUGUGUGA